CGGAGAGAAAGAAGAGGGGGAAUGGAGGGGUAUAUAAAGUAUAAUGAGGGAAUUGAGGGAAAUGAGGGAGAAUGAGGCACCCACGAUGGGAACAACGGGAAAGUGCAACGGUGAAUGGGACCAAGACUUUUUCACGAUACCCAGGCCAAUUGCAGCAAGUGGGGGAACAGAGACACACGCAGUGACUAACUGACUACUAUGAUUCUAAACUAACUGCCUAUGACUUAAUGGAUCACGAUGAGGCCCAAUCCAAGCCAAUCCAAACAGGACCAGUGCCGGCCGUUCCAAUGAGCGGCGAUGACGCAGGCCCAAAGCGGAUUGGCCAUGCGGGCAUUUUCAGGCCUGCACGCCUCCCCUUACUUUUGGCUUCUAUCCCAAUCAGACACGGCCACAGUCAUGGUCCCGGUUGAUUCCGCAGCCCACAGACAAUCCUGGCCUUGUCUGUCGCAUGCGCAACUGUGCCAUCGUGAGGUUGACGACGCGAUACUGGCCCGUUGGCCCGGAUGGCCAUCGAAUUUUCAUCCCGGUUAGUCUAACCCAUCCUCUUCCAACAAGUCAGUUUCCCUGAAGGCUGUGUUCCUAUAACCCCGAUCGCUGACCUAUAAUGACUGGGGUGCUGUUUGUUGGUCCUGGUACAGGUCUCCUACAUCAUUCCCCUGAAUAUCAUCAUCGUCCAACCGGUCGUUAACAUCAUCAUCAUGGAAUCGAAUCGAGUAUCCACCAGGGGUUGACCCACCAGUGGUGUCAGGCCAGCGAUGGAAUGGAUAAUUCAAAAGAGAUUCUACUGUUAGCGCUGGACGAGUGCCGGGAACGAGCAGCGCCGGAGGGGCCAAAGGAGGCCAUGCGCCCUCGUCAUUCGACCCGAGCCCAAUCCUGCUCCACUGGUGACGUGACCGGUUCUUCCCCCCCAGCAACGCUACGCUGCACUGUACCACACUAUCGUCGGUUCCCCCCAGUGGAUGCGAUCAACAAUGG